AAGUGAGCGGAGCGGCCGCUUCCGGUUUCCUCCGCGCUCGCCUCAGUCGCCCGCCCUGCGCUUUGGGUGGUGGCCGUUGCCUCCUCAGCUCCCGCCGCCCUUUUCUCCGCCUCCUCCCCCGGGCCCUCCUCGCGGUUCCUUCCGAGGGAAGCAGCGCUAGCCCCGAAGCCCGAGAGGCAGCCGAGGCCGCUGAGGGCCUUUCUUUUCUCUCCUUCGCGCCCACGCUCGCCCCGACCGAGCAGCCGCCCCGAUGCAGGCCAUCAAGUGUGUGGUGGUGGGCGACGGUGCUGUAGGUAAAACAUGCCUACUCAUCAGUUAUACAACCAAUGCAUUUCCUGGAGAAUAUAUACCAACUGUAUUUGACAACUACUCUGCCAAUGUGAUGGUGGACGGGAAGCCGGUCAACCUGGGCUUGUGGGAUACUGCCGGACAGGAAGACUACGACAGGCUACGCCCGCUGUCUUACCCGCAAACAGUUGAAGCAACGAGUGGUAAGGAUUUAAGCCCCAGUGGGAAGAGGCAGCCACUCUGCGAUGUGUUCUUAAUUUGCUUUUCCCUUGUGAGCCCAGCAUCCUUCGAAAAUGUCCGUGCAAAGUGGUAUCCAGAGGUGCGACACCACUGCCCCAACACCCCCAUCAUCCUAGUGGGAACCAAACUUGACCUCCGAGAUGACAAAGACACUAUUGAAAAACUCAAGGAGAAGAAGCUGACGCCGAUCACCUACCCACAAGGCCUAGCCAUGGCGAAGGAGAUCGGUGCAGUCAAAUAUCUAGAAUGCUCGGCACUUACGCAGCGGGGCCUCAAGACGGUCUUUGACGAAGCCAUCCGAGCCGUGCUGUGCCCCCCUCCAGUCAAGAAGAGGAAGAGAAAAUGCCUGCUGCUCUAAUGCCGCUUCUGCUCUCCCCCUCAACCCCCCCUCCAAAAAAAAACAAAAACCUUUUGUGCUUUGCUUGGAAUAACGGAGCAUUCCUGCAUUCGUUUUUUUUUUUAAAAAAAUUGGUUGUCUCUCCUUCAGGUUAUCUUAAACACCCAUCUUACAUAUUUUCCUUUGUUUAAAAAAAGUUAGCUUCUUCCUUCCUUCCCUCUCUUUUUAAAAAAGACAAACUUAUAUAAAAGGCCUUAUUUCCCACCCCAUCCCUUUUUCGCUCCGCUUAAUCAAUCGUUGCCAAAAUUUUCUGCUCCUUUUGAUUCCUCUUGGAUUUCUUGUGCUUUGUUAUGUGAAGCCACCGGGCCUCUCUCUCUCUUUUUUCUUACGAAGUCAGGCAGGCGUCUUUAAAAAAAAAAUACUAAUGUUUUAUUAGCAGUUGCAACACUUUAAUUGGGUUCUUUUAUUCCCACCCAGGAAGGGGGGGAAAAAAAAACCAUUGCUGUCUAAAAAUGCACUCGUUCAUCCGACAGCUUCUUCACACCCAUCUUUUCAUGCUUGAACAAAUGCAAUAAUUGACAACUCCAGAUUAACCCUCCCCCUUUUUUAAAUAUAUAUAUCUAUAUAUCUCAAAUCUACUAAGGUCUGUGAUUAAAGCUAUUUUUUUUUCCUUGAAAUGUAUUUUUUGUCUUCCUUCACGGCAGAAUUAACUAUUUUCUCGGAGGAAAGACGAUUGAACUUUUUGGUCUACGGAAUCUGCCAGGCAGUAUUUUGACACUGUAAAGAUCAAAUUUACACUACACUGUUAACACACUUGUUUAAAACCGAGGGGGAUAUUACUUUCUCUCGCUUG